AAUUAAACUGAUGUUUUCAUUUGAUUCUUCUCUAACAAGAAAAUUUAUCCAUAGUCACCUUCACAUAAUACGGAUUAAAUCGAUCAAUAAUAUAAUGAUGAAAAAGAAAAGGGUUCAAUUACUCCUCGCCAUUGUUGCCGUAGCCAGUCUCAGCACUACAGCCGAAAGAUGUCGGAAGAUGGUUGGUAAAGAAGCUUCAUCUAAAACUGGGCAGUUUAACAUCAUGUAUUGUUUAGAUGGGGGGAGUGGAAGCAUUGCGUGCGUAGCCAAGGAGGCUAUAAAGCUUUAUGCUUACAGCAUUAGAACCUCUCACGUGGAUAGAGCAAAGAGCGUAGCAAUGCAAGGUGCUCUUACUGAUGCUGUUUCACAAGGGAUGUCUACAAAAGAGGCAACCAAAGAAGCGAAUAAAGCGGCAACAAGAGCUGCCAAAGUGGCAACACGCCAAGUCGAUCGUGUUUUAGGUCCCAUUGUUUCCUCCGGAUGGGAUUUUUUCGAAGUUUUUUACUUUGGUGGUACAGUGACUGAAGGGUCACUACGAAGCUCAGGCACUUUGAUUGGCACCUAUUUGGUUGGAUUUCUUGGUGAGCAGAGUUUUGGGAAGAUUGGUUAUUGUGGUGGAAGCAUUAUGGGGAGUUGGGUUGGAGGGAAGAUUGGUCUAUUGGUUUAUGAUUUGGUGAAUGGAGUACAUCACAUUUUUCAUAAUUCCCAAAUGAAGCAAACAAUUCAUGAAGAUUUUUAGUUUUAGUGUCACUUGAUCUAACUAUAUUGAGAGCUCUAAUCUUGUUUAUGAGCAAUGGGAGUGCAAGAAUAUUCUUGCGAACGUUUUUCAUGGUACCCAUCGGAUGUGGAAAAGAAUUGACAUCACAUAGCACUAGAGGAUGAAGAUGAGGGUUUGAUUUUUGCAAUUGUGUGAGGAUUAGGGGAUGCAGGUGGGAGAUAUCUCAGCUAGUCAUUGUGAGAACGGUUAUCACCGAGAAAGAGGUAAAAUUCACCGUGUUUAAGGAAGUUAUGCCCUCUAUAUGAGGAGUUUCUGUCAAAGAAAUUGAAGCCAAAAGGAAUUUUUUUUACUUUUCCAAUGAAUUGGAUAUGCGGCAUGUUCUUAGAUAUGAUCCUUGAUUAUCAAAGUUCCAUUAAAUAUAACAGAAUAUCAGGUACAAGUCCAUAAUUUAUCACUAGGUUUCAUGACCAUAAGAGUUGCAUAGAGAAUUGGGGUUUUUGGGAUGUUCAUAAAGGUGGAUGGAAAUCAAUUUGGUGGAUUCUUGAAGGCUCAUUUCAGGAUCCAUAUUUGUCUUGAUAUUGGUAAACCUCUCAAGAGAAGAAUGAAACUCAAGGGGGAGGACAGUGAAUGAUUUUGGGUUGAUUUCAGAUAUGUAAAACUUCAUAAUUUCCCUUUUACUUGUUGUAUUAUUGGGUGUAAAUAGGUUUUGUCCUUUUGAGUUUAAAUAGGUUUCACCGGAGAGUAUCAAGCCAUGCAAACCGAGACUGCUAGUGGGUAGUGGGUGAAAACGUGAAGUAGUUGAAGCGUGGGUAAUAAAUGGUUGGUACUAGAGCAAGGCAUCAAGUUGUGAAAAGGCACUCAUAUUGAGAUGGGAGGGGCAUGCAACGGAUGGGGGGAGGCGAGCCCAUACAGGUUAUUGGUUCUUAUAGAAAACAACCAUGAAGAAGCCUAUGUAGAGUUAGGCAAGCAA